AUGAUGGUUGGAUAUACGAAGGAAAAUAGCAGCCUUGUGGUGAUUGGGCUGAGUGUGCAUAUUACACCGGUGGAGUUGCGUGAGAAACUUGCUAUACCAGAAGCUGAAUGGCCAAGAGCCAUUGGUGAGCUUUGUGGUUUGAAUCAUAUUGAAGAAGCAGCUGUUCUUAGUACGUGUAACAGAAUGGAGAUUUAUGUUGUUGCACUUUCUCAGCAUCGUGGUAUCAAAGAAGUCACUGAAUGGAUGUCAAGUGCAGCCAUUUUGUUAUCAAACUUGUCAUUUGAGACUGUUGGGAAUGUAAUGGAACCAGAACAGUUAUGCGACGCGGUUAAUUUUAUUUUAUCCCUGCAGAAUAGAAAUGGUGGAUUUGCUUCCUACGAACUCACAAGAUCUUAUGCAUGGCUGGAGAAAAUAAAUCCAACUGAAACAUUCGAAGAUAUCACCAUUGAUUAUCAGUAUGUAGAAUGCACAUCAGCAGCGAUUCAAAGCCUCACCUUAUUCACUCAACGAUAUCCGCAGCACAGGAAGGUGGAAAUAGAGACCUGCAUAGCUAAGGCUGCAAACUUCAUCGAAAGCGUACAGCUAGCUGAUGGCUCAUGGUAUGGAUCAUGGGGGGUAUGCUUUACAUAUGGGACAUGGUUUGGAAUAAUUGGGCUUAUAAGAGCAGGUAAGAGGUACAAAGAUAGCAAAAGCAUUAGAAAGGCAUGUGAGUUUUUGCUUUCAAAACAAGACAAGGUUUGUGGUGGCAUACCUGCAUCAGAGCUUUCACAGUAUCUAUUUCUGCUAUACAACAAAGAUGCAACCCAACACCUUUUUGAAGUAUCAGCAGGACUUGAUUCUCUUGUAAUGGGAGAAGGUCAGAUCCUUGCACAAGUCAAGCAAGUUGUGAAAGCAGGACAAGGAGUUAAUGGAUUUGGAAGAAACAUCAGUGGAUUAUUCAAGCACGCAAUCACCGUCGGCAAAAGAGUCCGAACCGAAACCAACAUUUCGGCUGGAGCAGUUUCUGUGAGCUCGGCUACGGUCGAGUUGGCAGUGAUGAAGUUACCUGAUCAAGCCUCACAUGGAAAUGCAAGAAUGCUAGUUAUUGGAGCUGGCAAAAUGGGGAAGCUUGUGAUCAAGCAUUUGGUUGCAAAAGGGUGUAAAAAUAUGGUAGUAGUUAAUCGAACCGAAGAGAGAGUAUCUGCGAUCCGCGAUGAAAUAAACGAUGUCGAGAUAAUCUACAAACCGCUUUCUGAUAUGCUCGAAUGCGUAGGCGAAGCGGAUGUAGUUUUCACAAGCACGGCAUCAGAGAAUCCUUUGAUUUUAAAACAACAUGUUAAGGAACUUCCUUUCGUAAGCGAAGAAAUGGGACGAAAGCGCCUCUUCGUCGAUAUUUCUGUUCCGAGGAACGUAGGUUCGUGCGUCGAUGACCUCGAAUCAGUCAAAGUUUACAAUGUCGACAACCUUAAAGAGGUAGUGGCUGCUAACAAAGAGGACAGACUAAGAAAAGCAAUGGAAGCACAAGUGAUCAUCGGCGAAGAAUCGGGCCAAUUCGAAACAUGGAGAGACUCGUUAGAAACUGUUCCUACUAUCAAGAAACUGAGAGCUUAUGCUGAAAGGUUAAGGAUUGCUGAGGUUGAGAAAUGUUUAGGUAAAAUGAGUGAUGAGGAUAUAAAUAAGAAGACACAAAAAGCAGUGGAUGAUCUUGGUAGAGGUAUAGUGAAUAAAAUGCUUCAUGGUCCAAUGCAACAUUUGAGAUGUGAUGGGAGUGAUAGUAGGACUUUGAGUGAAACACUUGAGAAUAUGCAUGCUUUGAAUAGAAUGUUUGGUCUUGAAACUGAGGUUUCUGUUUUGGAGCAGAAGAUUAGAGCUAAAGUGGAGAAAAAACCAUAG